AUGAUGUCCCCUUACCAGUUCCUGCAGCUGUUUGGCCAUUCAGCUGAUGGUGUGAUGUCUUCGCUGAAACCUCUUUUGAUGGAUGACGUCCCAGCUAUUCAACAGACCGCUGCUUUGGCUCUUGGGAGGCUUGCCAAUUACAACCACGACCUGGCAGAGGCAGUCGUGAAGGGAAACAUUCUUCCACAGCUCCUGUGUUCAUUGUCUGACCAGAAUCGUUCCUACAAGAAAACAGCUGCAUUUGUGCUAAGAGCAGUUGGUAAACAUUCUCCACAGCUAGCUCAGGAACUAGUUCGGUGUGGAGCACUGGAAAUGCUUGUGAUUUGCUUAGAAGAUUUUGACCCUGGAGUCAGAGAAGCUGCAUGUUGGACACUUGGGUGUAUUGCCCAACACAAUUCAGAACUGUCACAAGCUGUGGUGGAUGCAGGCACUAUUCCUCUUUUAGUGCUCUGUAUCCAGGAGCCAGGAAUUGCUUUGAAAAGGAUUGCUGCUUCAACUCUCAGUGAGAUUUCAAAGCAUUCUACAUCUUUAGCACAGGCAGUAGUGGAUGCAGGAGCUCUCACUCACUUAGCUCAGAUGAUCGUCCACCCUGAUGCUAAACUGAAGUGCCAGGUGCUGUCAGCUCUGUGCCAAAUAGGAAAACAUUCAUUGGAUCUCGCUUUGUUGGUGGCUGAAGAAAGGAUUUUCCCAUUCGUGUUCACGUUCCUGAAGGACUCGGAUAACCACGUCAAGAAAAAUGGCGCAACUUUAAUUAAAGAGAUAGCAAAGCAUUCGCCUGAGCUUUCACAUCUCAUAGUCAGUGCAGGUGGAGUUGCUGCUAUGAUUGAUUACAUUGGCAGCUGCAGAGGUAGUAUCAGGCUGCCUGGCAUCAUGAUGCUCGGUGUUGUAGCAGCUCAUUCAGAGAACCUGGCCAUGGCGGUGAUUGUCUCCAAGGGAGUACCAUCACUCUGUGCCUGCCUUCUAGAAGAAUCAGAAGAUCAUAUUAAAGCAGCAACUGUUUGGGCCUUGGGACAGGUUGGAAAACACACUCCUGAGCAUGCACGUGCUGUGGCGACGGCAAAUGUGCUCCCCAAACUGCUCAAGAUGCACAUGGACUAUUCCUGCUCAACAGAUCUUCAGAUGAAAGCUAGAAAAGCCUUAAAGGACAUCCUUAAGAAAUGCACUGAUCUCUCAGCACUGCAGCCACUGCUGCAUGAUGCCCCUCCCAGCAUUCUGAAAUACAUUAUUGAGCAGUUUAGUAAGGUGCUACCACACGACAGAAAAGCACGCCGGCUCUUUGUGACCAGCGGCGCGCUUAAAAAGGUGCAAGAAAUAAAAGCAGAGUCUGGGUCGCCUCUCCAGGAAUAUAUCAAUGCUGUUAACAAUUGCUUCCCAGAGGACAUAGUAAGGUAUUAUUCCCCUGGAUAUCCUGAGACAGUUCUGGAAAGAGUGGAGAAUUACCAACCAGCUUCAGAGACUUAGU